ACGAGGUGGUUACCACGCGAGGCUCUGAGAGGAAGAGAAAUUCCCCUCUCCUUUGUUAAAAAUAAAAAAAUAGCAAAAAAGUGAAAGUAGAGAGGAGGCGGGAGAAAAUUCCUGCAGCACUGACAGAGUUGUUAUGCAAGUUGGUUGGCCCUUCGCUACUUCAUCUACCGCUUCGCCAUUUACCGCUUCGCCAUUUACCGCUUCGCCAUUUACCGCUUCGCCAAUUACGCUUCCCUUUUUGCCGCUUCGCCAUUUACGCUUCCCUUUUUGCCGCUUCGCCAUUUACCGCUUCCCCCCGCACGGAGAAAGACGAAAUGACUGAUAACUGCCUAUACGUUUACAACUUAACGAAAAACGUAAGCGCAGAUCACCUGAAGGAAAUUUUUACGAAUUUUGGGAACUUGAAGGACAUCCACAUUUCGCUCGAUGAGGAAAACGUAGGUGGGACCAACGGCGGGGGGAACUUCAUAUGCGCCAAAAUAAAAUUUGAAAACGAAAUGGAUGCGAGGGUCGCAAAGGAAUAUAUGAAUGGUGGCCAAAUUGAUGGGAAAACUGUUUCGAUAAAAUAUGAACAGGGGGGGAAGAGCAAGGGGAAGCAUAAACAUACGAAUGCAAAGCACAGUGUUAAGCGGGAGCAUAAGGAGAGGGAUGGCGGUGACAAGAGGAAGCGCCUCAGAGAUGACCGGAGGUCCAGCUCGUCCCCUUCGCGCGCAUCGGAGUACUCCAGCAGGAGGUCCUCCAGUUCGCGCGCGCGGCGGAAGAAAAAGAGUACCCGCAGAAGGUGAACCGGUUUGCUACGCGAGAGAGGGACGACACAAGUGAUGAUAGAGGUGGUGACAGAAGUGGCGUCAAACGUGAUGACAAAUGUAACGCUCGAACGUGUGACUGUGCGCAUGCUUAUACGAAGCCCUGUUUGAAGCACUUCCCGGGGAGCAACCCCCACCUGCUGAAGCGUCCCACGCGGUAUGUCACCGAGCUGUUUACCAAAAUGAAGAAAAGAAGACGUCACUUGUAAACACACCAGUUGUGAUUGGUGGAGACAGCCGAGGGGCAUUCACAAAACGGAGAAGGGACGUAUCAAAAUAAAUUAUCCAGAGCAGGGCGACCCCCCCAGGACAGCAAUUUU